GAGUAGUGUUACGACAACAAAAAACCGUCGCAGACGUAACGAGUGGUCCGAGCCAGUUGCGCGCGUUUGCGAUACCGAGAUGUACGUUGCGGCGGUUUGAUAAAAUAAAUGUGACAGGUGAUAAUAAUACCUACAAGAAACAGCGUAAGAUCGGCGUGCUAUCGGAAAAGGCGGAGGAGUUCAGUCUACGCUUGUGUUAAGUAAUACAUUCGUGAAUCGGACUCUUCAAAAAUUCAUAAGCAAGGGAAUUUGGAGAUAGCUGAACGUGCUGUGGGCUCGCUCGGUGAAGGGAGCUGCUAGAGGGCGAAGGUAAAGAAAGGAAGGUGGCGGUCGCAGCGCUGAGGAGGGAAGGUCUCCUGCGGGUCGGCAUGGGCGCGCGGUAGCGGGCGGGCGUCGCGCGUGCGCGGAUCGAUCGCGCGCCAUCGAGCGGUAAGGGGCAGCCAGUGUCGGGCUCGGCUCAGUCGCGCGCGGGCCGGCGUGCGAGCCGCGCGUCGCUGCACGUGCAUGGCGCGUCUGUCUGGAUGCCUCGCGCCCUCGGGGAAUGGCUUCGUCCGAGGAAGAGGCGACAACCGCGCCGAACAAUGAAGAUGACUGCCUCAGCGAGCGAAAAUGGUGGUGCUUCCUCUUGUCGUCGAUCAUCACGUUCGCGGCGGGGCUCAUGGUGGUGGUGGCGUGGCGCGUCGGCGCCUUCAUGUGCUGCCGCCGCGAGCCGGAGCUGUCGCCCAACGACCCCAAGCAGAAGGAGCAGAAAGCGGCGCGCCAGGGCAAACAGGAGUUCGAGGGCACCUUCAUGACCGAGGCCAAGGACUGGGCCGGCGAACUCAUCUCCGGCCAGACCACCACCGGACGAAUUCUGGUAGUGUUGGUGUUCAUUCUGAGUAUAGCAUCGCUGAUUAUCUACUUCAUCGACGCGUCCAGCGAGGAGGUAGAGCGAUGCCAGAAAUGGAGUGACAAUAUUACUCAGCAAAUCGACCUUGCCUUUAACAUAUUUUUUAUGGUCUACUUUUUUAUACGAUUUAUAGCAGCUAGUGACAAACUAUGGUUCAUGCUCGAGAUGUAUUCAUUUGUAGAUUAUUUCACGAUACCCCCAUCCUUUGUAUCAAUAUACCUGGAUAGAACGUGGAUAGGGCUAAGGUUUCUUCGAGCUCUACGCUUAAUGACCGUGCCUGAUAUUUUGCAGUACCUCAAUAUAUUAAAGACAUCGAGCUCAAUUCGUUUGGCGCAAUUAGUUUCUAUCUUUAUAUCAGUAUGGCUUACGGCGGCCGGCAUUAUUCAUCUAUUGGAAAAUUCUGGUGAUCCUUUAGAGUUUGACAAUGCGCAAUCAUUGUCGUAUUGGACCUGUGUGUACUUUCUUAUAGUCACCAUGUCCACUGUAGGUUACGGUGAUGUGUUCUGUCACACUGUUCUUGGCAGAACAUUUUUGGUUUUUUUUCUGCUCGUCGGCUUGGCUGUGUUCGCCAGCUGGAUCCCCGAGAUCACGGAGCUGGCGGCGCAGCGCAACAAAUACGGCGGCCGGUACAACAAGGACGUCCGCCGCAGGCAUAUAGUCGUAUGUGGACAUAUAACGUACGAAUCAGUGAGCCAUUUCUUAAAAGACUUCCUACAUGAAGACCGUGAGGAUGUGGAUGUUGAGGUUGUUUUUUUACACAGGAAACCGCCCGACCUGGAGCUCGAAGGCCUGUUCAAGAGACACUUUACUACUGUGGAAUUCUUUCAAGGCACCAUUAUGAAUCCAAUCGACCUACAGAGGGUGAAAGUACACGAAGCUGACGCGUGUCUGGUACUGGCCAACAAAUACUGCCAAGACCCGGACGCGGAGGACGCAGCGAACAUCAUGAGGGUUAUAUCCAUUAAGAACUACUCCGAUGACAUCAGGGUCAUCAUCCAAUUGAUGCAGUACCACAACAAGGCCUACCUACUUAACAUUCCAUCCUGGGACUGGAAGCAAGGAGACGACGUCAUUUGCUUAGCGGAGCUGAAGCUGGGCUUUAUAGCGCAGAGUUGUCUAGCGCCCGGUUUCUCAACUAUGAUGGCCAACCUUUUCGCUAUGCGAAGUUUCAAAACGUCCCCCGACACUCAGGCUUGGCAGAACGAUUACCUGCAAGGCACAGGCUGUGAGAUGUACACGGAAACUCUGUCGACUUCCUUUACUGGAAUGAGCUUUACACAAGCUAGCGAGUUGUGUUUUACAAAGUUGAAAUUGCUCCUGUUGGCGAUUGAGAUCAAAGGAGAGGAGGGUGCAGACAGCAAAAUCUCAAUAAACCCACGGAACGUAAAGAUACACGCGAACACACAAGGUUUCUUUAUUGCACAGUCCGCAGAUGAAGUAAAAAGAGCUUGGUUUUAUUGCAAAGCAUGCCACGAAGACAUCAAAGACGAGACGCUCAUCAAAAAGUGCAAAUGUAAAAAUUAUGUCGGAAUGAUGAUGAUGCAGACGGGGAUGGUGAAACAAAGUCUUAAUACAUAUCGAAGUGUCGACGUGGCUACAUUCAGGAAAGGCGUACGAGCCGUCCAGAUGGUUGGCCGGGCAAAUGACCACCAUCCUCCCCCCACCUUCACGCCGCCAGAGUUGCCCAAGAAGGUCCAUGUUCGAGGUGAAAUCGCAAGGGAGAGAGGAGAAGAUAUCAGUUUGAUAAACCGCAAUCAUCGCAGUGCCGCGCCCACGACUCUUCUGUCCCCAAUGGCGAACCAGCUCAUGAACACCACCACCACAAGGCAGGUUAACAAGGUGAAGCCAAACGUCAACAGAGCACCGCCUGAUACGAAUACGCAAGACCAAGAUACGAAUUACCAAGCCUAUCAUCUAGCCUACGAAGUGAAAAAACUCAUGCCGACGAGUAGAAGUAGUGGGGGUAAUCAAAACAGUAACGGAGUCAGUUUGCCAGCGGGGCUGGCGGACGACCAGUCGAAGGACUUCGACUUUGAAAAGACUGAAAUGAAGUACGAUUCUACUGGAAUGUUCCAUUGGAGUCCAGCGAGGAAUCUAGAAGAUUGUAUAUUAGACAGAAACCAAGCGGCGAUGACCGUGUUAAACGGCCACGUGGUAGUUUGCCUCUUCGCUGAUCCAGACUCGCCUCUGAUAGGACUCAGAAAUCUGGUGAUGCCGCUAAGAGCGUCCAACUUUCACUACCACGAGUUAAAGCACGUGGUGAUUGUUGGCAGCGUGGACUACAUCAGGCGUGAGUGGAAGAUGUUGCAGAAUCUACCCAAGAUAUCUGUGUUGAAUGGAUCACCGCUAAGCCGGGCCGACUUGCGUGCAGUAAAUGUGAAUCUAUGCGACAUGUGCUGCAUUCUGUCAGCGAAGGUGCCAUCCAAUGAUGACCCAACGCUGGCUGACAAGGAAGCUAUCUUGGCUUCGUUGAACAUCAAGGCUAUGACGUUUGAUGAUACCAUUGGAGUGUUGAGUGCAGGAGUGACAAAUGGCGCGACCACGCAGCCGCCUCCUGGGGGAAAUCCCGCGCCGGUCUUGCUGCAGAGAAGAGGGUCGGUGUAUGGUGCCAAUGUGCCUAUGAUUACGGAGCUAGUAAAUGACAGCAACGUGCAGUUCUUAGACCAGGACGACGAUGACGAUCCCGACACGGAGCUGUACCUCACGCAGCCCUUCGCCUGCGGGACUGCCUUCGCUGUCAGCGUGCUAGACUCCCUAAUGUCUACUACAUACUUCAACCAAAACGCGCUCACGCUGAUCCGGUCGCUGAUUACGGGCGGCGCCACGCCCGAGCUGGAGUUGAUCCUCGCCGAGGGAGCUGGUCUCCGUGGGGGGUACUCUACGCCUGAGAGCUUGGCCAAUAGGGAUCGGUGUAGAGUGGGCCAAAUUUCUCUAUACGAUGGUCCACUGGCGCAGUUCGGCGAGGCCGGUAAAUACGGGGACCUGUUUGUGGCGGCACUCAGGACUUACGGGAUGCUGUGCAUCGGCCUCUACCGAUUUCGGGAUACUUCGUCCUCCUGUGACGCGAGCAGCAAACGCUACGUCAUCACCAAUCCGCCUGAUGACUUCUGCUUGCUGCCGACUGAUCAGGUGUUCGUGCUGAUGCAGUUCGACCCGGGCGUGGAGUACCGCUCGCACAGGCGCGCGGCGGCGGGCGGCAAGGACGACGCGUCCUGACUAUUGCUGUGCAGCGCCCUCACCGACGGGCCCUACUCCUACAUCUAGGCGCCGGGGCCCGUCGCCGCGACCCCAUGGGACACCCCCUACCCCCUACCCCCACCCCUACUGACCUUACUAUAACCCCCCUACCCCAACUCGAUGCCCCGCACCGACCCGAGAACCCCUGCCCCUUUGUUAUACAACAGAAAUAGUGUUGAGUAAAAACUUAAAACUAAGCCAAAAUUCAGACUUUUCUUAACUUAACUUUAAUGGUUCAUACAUCAAUAUCUAUUUAAAACUCAUCUUUCACGAUCUUGUUGGAUGAAGUUCACGUCAGAAUUGCCUUGGUGCGAGGAAUCAAUCAGAAGGCGGGUAAAAGAUGAAUUCCGGCCUUUUGAUUGACUCUUGUUGACUGCAGUCUCGUCCCCAUGAUAAUAAACUUGAUUUCCCGCACCGUUGCGAGCAUCGUCACAAUUUGACUGUACUACACGACAAGUACAAUUCUCUCGUGAAAAACCUAUCUAUCCGCCGGUUGAAGUACUGACCGCACCAUCAAGGAUUAGGACAUCAAAAUAAUUGAAUUUACAAACAAUUUUUCUCUAUAAACUCAUUCGUUACACAUACGAUAUACAUAUCAAUGAAAUGAUCGUGUAGCUUUAAACGGCUGCCCCUUUUAAGUUCUACUCAACACUAACAUCUAGGACCUAUUUUAGUUGUGCUCGCGAAUCCUAGCACAAAUUAAUAUGCGCUCUCUCCACCUUUUUUAAGUGCAUAUUGCUUUUAUAUUCCAUUCGUACGACGACACAUUAUUUUUCUUGAUUCUCUUACACUGAAUAUUUGCCCUGUAUACUUUAUGCUAACUACAAUCAAUCUAUUUUACUUCUAUCUAUUUACUUAUUUAGAAUCUAUGUCGUUAAAAAACAAAGAUAAUUGGUUGGAAAAAAUUGCAUAAUCGUAAAUAUAAAAGUGAUACGUACAUACCAUAUUAAUUCGCUCUGGGAUUCGAUGCGUUUAUCUCCUCCACCCAAAGAAAACUUCACCUAAAUCGGGACUUCCCUAUUUUAGUUUUUAUUUUGGUUUCGAUCGGACACUGCACUGCAAAACUUUCACUCACUUCCAGCACAUAUUAGAAGAUUCUAGAAGAUCCGUGUUGCUUCGUUGUUGUGUUCGUUUUUCGGAAAACAAAACAUUAUUCUUGGACGUUCAAAGUUGCACCGGAGACUGAAUUAUUAUAGUUACGUGUAAAUAAAACGUACACUCAACACUUUAUAUUGCGUAUAUACAGGGUUACAAAGAAUAUAGAUAGAAAAAAGCUUUCGGUGUUUCAAUAUAUUUAGUCGUGAAAAUGUAGAUUGUGCCAUGUCAGAUUAUAGCAAAAACGUACACGUAAGGGAGAAUCUUUGACCUUGUAUAUACCUAACUAUAAACGGAACACUACACACAAACACAAAAGUGAGGGUAGGCAUACUUUAACCGAUAGGUGUAUUUACUUGGACUAUAUAAUCAAAUGCUCAAUGUAAAAGAGAACCUUUUAAACUUUUAAUUGCAAGACCGGUUUUAACAGGACGAACUAUUAUUGUAAGGUAUUGCAUAUUUCAAUUAUAUUUUUCUCUAUCGUUUAGAUUGUCCAUUCCUUGUCCAGUAGACUUUUUUCGUAUUCACGGUUAAGGUUAUUUCUUAAAUUUAUAUUAUGUAGAUUAUUUUAAGCAUUUAUAAUAGUCAUUGUCGACUGAUCGAAGUUCAACUAUCACACAUCACAACAUAUCUUUACAUUUUCUUACUUUAUAUUGUGUUAAGUUGUUUUUUAUUGGGUUCCCAUUUAAUUCUAUACCUAUUUUAAGAUGUGUAGCGCUAGCGGUUUUCAUUAGGUUGGGGAAUUCGGGUCGACUUUAGUAUAUCUAUAAAUACUCCAGAGAUUGUGCUUGAUCUAUUUUGGAAUCUUAAGCUCGGAUCUCAUUUUGGGCGUCAGUUCCACAUUGGGCACCAGUUCUACAUUAGGUGCCAUUAAUAUGGAGAUUCCUUUUACGAGUACCGAUUAACAGUUUUUUAGUAAUACUCGUUCGGUUUUAUGUUGAAUGGGAUUGGUUCCACAACAUGUGUAGUCUUCGGUAAUACUACAAAGCUCUUACACGGAACACUGGAACGAGCAAACCUCAUAAAGGCGUUAGUGCUACAUACAAUUUUGUUAUCGCUUUAAAAAUUAUGCACGGUAUGGUAGUAUGCAUAUGUUUUACAUUAUCACCCCUUUUCAUAUUUUAGUUCUUUAUAUUCUUUGAUAUUUACUGUAAUCGUAGAGUAGUUGAGUAGGUGAUUGCUUUAUAUUUUCUGUGUGUAUCUCGUACUUACUUGGCUUAACGCUAUCUCUGCACAGAAAAUAUCGACUUUUACCACAAUUUCUAUUAAACCACACACCGUUAUAGUAUUUUUUUUUGUUUAUUAUUUUUUUUAAAUAAACAUUUCGAAAGAC